AUGGCGUCGUCGAGAGAUAAUUUGAAGGUUUACAUUCGAGUUACUCAAAACAAAUCAGUCUCUGAAAACCCUAAAUCAUCAAAGAAGCUAAAAACAUCAACAGCUGAAGAGAACAUUGAUGAACAAGAAAAUAUUAGCCGAAAAUCAACAAUCAAACAACAAAGAACUAGAAAACGCAAAGAUAUUUCAGACAAUGUUAAAAAACAAGAGGAAAAACAACAACAGGAAAAACAAAAAAGGCGAAGAAAGAAAGUGGUGAUAGAAUCAUCAGAAGAAACAGUUUCUGAUUCAAUGAAUGAAAAAUCUAGUCGAGCAAUUGUUCUGCAUACUUCCAAUCAACAACAAGUAAAUUCAGAUGAUGAUUUUGUUGAUCCACAACCAAGAGUUAACCUGACAAAAAAUCAAAAGAAGGAAAAGGCAGAAUCAAAACCAAAGAGAUCACAGAGGAAAGAUAAAACAAAAGAACAACCAGAACAACAACCAUAUUAUGAUUACGACGGAAAAAAAAUUAACAUUAGAUGUGCAGUCAAUAAUCUAAAAGAUUAUAUUGAAGGUUUGUCAAAAGAGCAAAGGAAUGUUGUUAGAGAAAUAGGGUUUGAGAGCAUACUAAAAUUCAAGCUGCAUUCAGUUCCACGGAAAUUCGGUUAUUGGCUGGUAAAAAACUUUGAUGCUGAAAAUGAUGAGAUAAAUAUUGGAGAUGAAAAGAUUAAGAUCACAGCUGAAUUCAUCCAAAAGGUAUUUCAAAUACCAAAUGGAAAAACAGAGAUUGUGGAAAAACUGAGACCAAAAGACACUGAUCUUAUAAUUAAAUUCUGA